GUGGGGAGAAGAGAGGGAGAGGGCCAGCUAGGAAAGGCUAGGCAGAGUGGCUGAUAGCCUGGAAUCCCUUGAAGAGAGCUAGCAGACAAGACAUCUUAGGAAGCUAAUGAACUAGAAAGAGUAGGGCAGACUGACUGACCGGUAGCCAGCUAGGCAGACGGACGCAUGCCCGGACAGACCCAAGGCUCUGGAGAACCGAUAGGUUCUUUUUGCCUUUUUUUUUGAAAAGCAGGAUUUUGAUUUUUCAGUGGCGCCCAAGAGAGAAUGCUGGACUCUGCUACCUUCAGCUCAAGCUAAGAUUUCUCAGCUAGGGAAGAAAGAUCAGCCCAGUCCCGAGAGGGGGAGGGAAGCAAAAGCCCCUGCCUCCAACCCCCUUCCCUCCCCCGGAUCAAACUCGGGGGCCAAACCCAGACCUUCCCUAACCAUCUGACUUCCUCCUUUCCUUUUUAGCAUGGUGACUGUAUGGACAGUCUGACAGAACAGAGAUUGACAUCUCCCAAUCUGCCGGCCCCCCACCUGGAACACUACAGUGUUCUGCAUUGCACCAUGACCCUGGAUGUGCAAACUGUAGUCGUUUUUGCCGUGAUUGUAGUCCUCCUGCUUGUCAAUGUCAUACUCAUGUUUUUCUUGGGAACGCGCUGAAUGGAGUCCAGCCACCUGAGCUGUUGCGAACUCUCACUUUGAUUUCAUCCCAAGAGCCUCCGAGGGGGGAACAUCGAGAGAGACAGUCUGAGACAGGGAAAGAGAGGGAGAGAAAGAACAAGCUUUCUUACUCAGGGGGGAAAACGUUUUGAGCUUCAACAUGGCCUCGCUGUGAUAUGUAUGACGUUGCUGAUCACUGGAGAUUCCAUCGUUAGUGCUGAGGCAGUAUGGGAUCACGUCACCAUGGCCAACCGGGAGUUGGCAUUUAAGGCUGGCGACGUCAUCAAAGUCUUGGAUGCUUCCAACAAGGAUUGGUGGUGGGGCCAGAUCGACGAUGAGGAGGGAUGGUUUCCUGCCAGCUUUGUGAGGCUCUGGGUGAACCAGGAGGAUGGGGUGGAGGAAGGGCCCAGUGACGUGCAGAAUGGGCACCUGGACCCCAACUCAGACUGCCUUUGUCUGGGCCGGCCACUACAGAACCGGGACCAGAUGCGGGCCAAUGUCAUCAAUGAGAUCAUGAGCACGGAGCGUCAUUACAUCAAGCACCUCAAGGACAUUUGUGAGGGCUACUUGAAGCAGUGCCGAAAGAGAAGGGACAUGUUCAGUGAUGAGCAACUCAAGAUCAUCUUUGGGAACAUUGAAGACAUCUACAGAUUUCAGAUGGGCUUUGUGAGAGACCUGGAGAAGCAGUACAACAAUGAUGAUCCCCACCUCAGCGAGAUAGGACCCUGCUUCCUAGAGCAUCAAGACGGAUUCUGGAUAUACUCUGAAUAUUGUAACAACCACCUGGAUGCCUGCAUGGAGCUCUCCAAGCUGAUGAAGGACAGUCGCUAUCAACACUUUUUUGAGGCCUGUCGUCUCCUGCAGCAGAUGAUUGACAUUGCCAUUGAUGGAUUUCUUUUGACUCCAGUACAGAAGAUCUGCAAAUACCCCUUACAGUUGGCUGAGCUCCUCAAGUAUACUGCCCAAGACCACAGUGAUUACAGAUAUGUUGCAGCUGCUUUAGCUGUCAUGAGGAAUGUGACUCAGCAGAUCAAUGAACGCAAGCGACGUCUGGAGAAUAUUGACAAGAUCGCGCAAUGGCAGGCCUCUGUCCUAGACUGGGAGGGAGAGGACAUCUUAGACAGGAGCUCGGAGCUGAUCUACACUGGAGAGAUGGCCUGGAUCUACCAGCCCUAUGGCCGCAACCAGCAAAGAGUCUUCUUCCUGUUUGACCACCAGAUGGUCCUCUGCAAGAAGGACCUAAUCCGGAGAGACAUCUUAUACUACAAAGGGCGCAUUGACAUGGAUAAAUAUGAGGUAAUUGACAUUGAAGAUGGCAGAGAUGAUGACUUUAAUGUCAGCAUGAAAAAUGCUUUCAAGCUUCAUAACAAGGAAACAGAAGAAGUGCAUCUGUUCUUUGCAAAGAAACUGGAGGAGAAAAUACGUUGGCUUAGAGCUUUCAGAGAAGAGAGGAAAAUGGUACAGGAAGAUGAAAAAAUUGGCUUUGAAAUUUCUGAAAACCAGAAGAGACAGGCUGCAAUGACUGUGAGAAAAGCUUCUAAACAGAAAGGUGUCAACUCGGCCCGCUCGGUUCCUCCUUCCUACCCACCACCACAGGACCCGUUAAACCAGGGCCAGUACCUGGUCCCCGAUGGCAUCGCUCAGUCUCAAGUCUUUGAGUUCACUGAACCGAAACGCAGCCAGUCACCAUUCUGGCAAAACUUCAGUAGGUUAACCCCCUUCAAAAAAUAAUACCUAUAAGGAAGGAAGAUAAUUUUAAAAUAAAUAAAAUUAUAUUUAUAGAUGGACCUUUUUUUCGGAGAAGCACUGUUGAAAAUUUAUAUAUAAAUAUAUAUAUGUGUGUGUGUGUGUGUGUAUGUGUGUGUGAAUGAGUGUGUGUGCAUGUGUGUGUGUGCACACAUACACACACACACACACACAUAGACCUUUAAGUAUACGUGUGUGUGUGGGCAUGUGUGCACAUAUGCAUGCACAUGCAUGCACACAUACAUACAUAUACACACAUAGAGAAGGACCAAAACCAUUUUCUGUUGUUUUGGAGAAUUGAAAUCUAUAGUUGGUAAGAAGUACCACUGACUUCCAAACACGUGAUCACUUCUUAAAAUUUUUAGUUCUUAACCUUGUUCCCUUCCCCUUUCUUUCAGAAACUCAAUUUCUCUUUGUUCUUUUUCCUGUUAAGAUAACCUAUUCUCUCCUCUGGUUCACUGACCUGUCAUUAUUACCAUAUAGUAUUUGCAUUGUUUUAUUUCUCUUUCCUGAUGAUACUGAUGCUGAUAAUGUUUGAAUUUAAUUUAUGUGGUGGGUUUGGAAUUUUCUCUCUUUGUCACUUUUCACUGAGAAGGGAGGGAUUCCCAUCUCCUGUCCCUCAUGCAACCAUCUGCAAAUGUGCCAGUAGCCCUGCGGUCAUACCAACAGCCUUUUCACAGCAUCGUGUGUCCACAAUUGUGCCAGUCUAGACAUGCUCUGUUGUGCCCUGUGACUUAUCUGCUUGGUAAUUCUAUUGCUUUCACUGUUUUAGGUAUUGUGGAAGGAUAUAAAACCAAACAGAAACAAAGGAAUGAAAGAAUGUAAUGAGUAGAGAAGCCUUCUGUUGGGGGACUAUUUUUUAUUUAGAUGCUUUCUUCCAGCAUUGAGGAUUCCCAUGUAACAACACUGCUAAGUCAUUGAAGGUUUUCAUCUAAGAGUUAGUUUGGGCCCAUUCCUCUCUUUUUCAUUCCUCGUUUAUUAUGACUCUCCUUUCAGCCUCUCUCUUCCAUAGGCAAAAGGUUUAGCUAAACUGGAAACAAAGAAAUUGAGCCUUUGCCUCCUGGGGAAGAGAUUUAUUUCCACCCCACAACCCAUAGCUAAUAGGUAGGUGACAGGUAGCAUUCUCUAUAUAGCAAUCAUUUCAGUGUUUUGGUCAUCCUCGCUUCCAUUUUCAGAUUCAUAAGGCAUCACUGUUAGAAGUUUAUGGAGGGAUUCAAGACAAAACCUGCUUGGCCAAGAUCAUUAGCUACCUUCAGAUUAACCUGAAGAGAGUCCAAGAUUGACAGUAACACCAUACAAGGAAACAUAGGGAGCAUCAAAGAAAGAGACAGGCUUGAUUUAAGAUACUAUACCUGUAAUUUCUACCAUUAAAUUAUAAGAAACAUCCCCAGUUGUUAUCAGAUUGCAUGGAUAAUCUUCUCUGUCUC